AUGGCACCGCCGCUCGAGAACGUGCGGCCAAUGUUCGAGCUCCGCGGCCGCAACUACAUCGUCACGGGCGGCGCGCAGGGCAUCGGCUUCGCCUCGACGCGCGCCAUCUGCGAGUUAGGUGGCAACGCCGCCGUGCUCGACGUGCAGAACCAGCCUGCCGAGGCCGAAUUCCACUCCCUGGCCAACCUAUUCGGCGUGCGCACUUUCUACAUCCACACGGACGUCGCAAAGCAGGAUAGCCUGGAGAAGGGGUUCGCGGCGGCGGUCGAGAGCCUCGGCGGCAGGCUGGAUGGGUUGACGUGGGAGGAGUUCACGCGCAUCCAGGAGAUUAAUGGCCGCGGCCUCUUCUUCACAUGCCAGCUCGCGGCGCGCCAGAUGAUCGCGCAGGCCACCGGCGGCAGCAUGGUGCUGCUCGCCUCGCAGACCUCCCACAUCGCCAUCCCAGGCCACCGCAUGGCGGCCUACAACUACAGCAAGGGCGGGGUGCUGAUGCUGACGAAAGCACUGGCCGUGGAGCUGGCGCCGCACGCCAUCCACGUCAGUAGCAUCUCGCCGGGCUUCGUCGACUCGGACAUGCUGCAGCGCGUGCGCGCGGCCAAGGAGCCCGAGGAGGCGGCGCAGAUGGAGAAGUCGCCGCCGCUGAGCGGUUGA